AUGAGGGGUGUUGAAACUUGGGAUGAGAUGAAGCAAAUCAUGAGGGACAGAUUUGUACCUCAACAUUACUAUAAGGAGUUGCACCAAAGGUUGCAAGGGCUAGUGCAAGGAAACAAAAGUGUGGAAGAAUAUUUCAAGGAGAUGGAGAUGGCUAUGAUAAGAGCCAAUGUAGAGGAGGAUAGGGAAGCCACUAUGGCUAGGUUCCUAAAGGGGCUGAAUCUUGAUAUUGCCAAUAUAGUGGAGCUACAACACUAUGUAGAGCUUGAUGACAUGUUAAAUAUGGCAAUCAAGAUAGAAAAACAACUAAAGAAGAAGAAAGCAUUCAAGAUGGGUGUAGGUAUGAAUUCGAGCAACAAUGCUCCAUGGAAACCGAAUUGGAAGAAGGGUGAAACUUAUGAUUCCAAGGCUGUUUCUAAGGAAAAGAAAGAGGAGACUAGGGGUGGAGAAAAGCCUAGUGUGACUGAGAAAGGCAUGGGACAGAAUACCUCAAGUGGAAAAACUAGGGAUAUCCAAUGUUUUAGGUGCCUAGGGAAGGGACAUUAUGAAUCUCAAUGUCCUAACAAGAGGGUGAUGGUGAUGAGGCAGAAUGGGGAGAUCGAAUCAGAAGAUGAUGAUGUUGAUGAUGAUGCUAGUGAGAGUAUGCCUCCUUUGGAGGAAGCUAGUGAUGUAGAGCAUGCCGUGGGAGGUAAUAUUCUGGUGGUUAGGCGUGCACUAAGUGCACAAGCAAAGGAAGAAGAGGGAGAUGCACUACAAAGGGAAAAUAUUUUCCACACUAGAUGCUUGGUGAAUGGUAAAACUUGUAGCAUGAUUGUAGAUAGUGGUAGUUGUGUGAAUGUUGCCAGCACACUCAUGGCUGUGAAGCUUGGCAUGCGCACCAUGAAGCAUCCUAGACCAUACAAGUUGCAAUGGCUGAAUGAAUGUGGAGAAAUUAAGGUGAACAAGCAAGUGAUGUUGGCUUUUUCUAUUGGAAGGUAUAAGGAUGAGGUGUCGUGUGAUGUGGUGCCAAUGGUUAGUUUAGCAGCAUUAUCACCCGCACAAGCUUUUGAAGAUCAAUUAAGGAUAAAACAGACCAUGAAUGAGCAACAACAAAGAGAGGCUGAGCUAAGAGAGUUUGAGGAUGUUUUCCCUGAAGAAAUACCUAAUGGGCUACCACCCAUUAGAGGCAUAGAGCACCAAAUAAAUUUUAUGCCUGGAGCUGUAAUCCCAAAUAGGCCAGCCUAUAGGACCAAUCCGGAAGAGGCUAAGGAACUUCAAAGACAAGUGGAGGAGCUUCUAGCAAAAGGCCAUGUUAGGGAGAGCAUGAGCCCAUGUGUCAUACCUAUUAUUUUGGUGCCUAAAAAAGAUGGGAGCAUGUGGGAGCAUGCGCAUGUGUGUGGAUUGUAG